GUGCCGGGGUGGCUCAGUCGGUUGAGUGUCCAACUCUUUGAUUUCAGCUAAGGCCUUGACCUCAGGGUCGUGAAUUCAAGCCCCAUAUUGGGUGUAGAGCCUGCUCAAAAAAUAAAUAAGUUAAUAAAUAAAACGCAGGAGCUACCUGGUAGAAUGAAUUUUGCUGAUCAAAUAUUAUCUAUUAGAUAAAAAGGUAGCAGUUUUUUAUAUAACUAAGAAGGCCGGGAAAUGAGAUGUACAGAUGGUAACUGAUAUUCUCCGUUUGGAACAGGUAUGAGUGAUUUCAGUGAAGAAUUGAUAAGGUCCAAGACAGAGGAUGACCAGGAGGAAUCAUGUGUAUUGUCUGCUACAGGAAUGUAUUUUCCUUGGCUCCAAAAGCAUAUAGACACUGUGGAAACUGGAGGAAAAAAGGAGAAGGAUUUUGCUCAGACAACCAGUGCUUGUUUGAAUCGUAUCCAAGAAGCUUUGCUGAAGCACCAGUGGCCACAAGCUGCAGGGUACAUGCACAGUUACUUCCAGAUCCUGGAAGAUUCCGACAGCCACAAGAGGCAGGCUGCACCUGAGAUCUCCUUACAACACGCAUUAUACCUUCUGCAUCAUGGAAUGCUUGAGGAUGCAAACAGAAAUCUCAGUCGUGCAGAGACAUGGAGAUACGGUGAAAAGUCAUCGUCCCAGGAAGUGUUAAUCAACCUUGUUCAGGCCUAUAAAGGGCUUUUGCAGUAUUAUACUUGGUCUAAAAAGAAGAUGGAAUUGUCUAAUCUUGAUGAAGAUGAUUAUGCUUACAACACAGCAUCCCAGACUAUGCUCAACCACAGUUGGAAGACAUCGGUAAACCUUGGUGCCUUGAUUCAAACUCCUGGAGUUUGGGACCCUUUUGUGAAGAGUUAUGUAGAGAUGCUGGAGUUCUAUGGGGAUCAAGAUGGAGCCCGAGAGGUACUCACCAAUUAUGCCUACGAUGAAAAGUUCCCGUCAAAUCCAAAUGCUCACGUCUACUUAUACAACUUUCUAAAGAGGGAGAAGGCACCAAGAGAGAAACUGAUAAGUGUGCUGAAGAUUUUGUAUCAGAUUGUACCAUCUCAUAAACUCAUGUUAGAAUUCCAUAGAUUACUGAGAAAAUCAGAAAAAAAAGACCACCAUAAACUUGGGCUGGAAGUAUUAUUUGGAGUCUUAGAUUUUGCUGGAUGCACUAAAAAUAUAACUGCUUGGAAAUAUUUGGCAAAAUAUCUGAGACAGACUUUAAUGGGGAACCACCUUGCCUGGGUCCAAGAAGAGUGGAACUCCAGGAAAACCUGGUGGCCUAGCUUUCACUUCAGCUCCUUUUGGGCAAAAAGCGAUUGGAAAGAGGAUAAAGCUUUGGCUUGUGAGAAGGCUUUGGUAGCUGGAAUACUGUUAGGAAAAGGUUGUAGAUACUUUCGGUAUAUUUGCAAACAAGAUCAUCCAGUCUUAAGGAAAAAAAUAAGGCGGAUAAGGAAAUCUGUGAAAAAACACAGUAUUGUAAAUCCAGGACUCUGAUACUGAAUAUUAGUUAUUUAAGAUGAGUAGCUACAGAAUAGUAGCUCGGUAGGUGUUACUGAAUGUAUUUAAUUGGCAUAUCUAUGAUGUAGUUUAUAUUUUUAUAUUUUUCUAUAUUUUCUAUAUUUCUGUAUUUUCUUUUAUUGUAAUUAUAGCUAAAAAAGAAACAGCCUUGCUGCUUUUGUUCUUUGUAAAUAGCAUAUUUUUCUUUGUUGUACCAUUAAAUAUAAUAUUUAUUAAGAAAUAAACCUUCAAAUAAGAAAUAUAUUUGUUUCAUUAGAGAAUACAGGUCUAUGGCAGUUAUUGCUGUCUGCAGAUAAUUUCCUUCUGACUGUUGUAUAAUAAAACAUAACUUGUAGUGUUGUUAA